AUGUGGGAUGAGUUAACGCUCAGGAAAAAAACCAUCUCCUCCUUCAUAUUCCCCAAUCCUCCAUCUCUGCUGACAGUCAACACCACCUCAGUCUUGCGGGCUCAAACAAUGGAACUCAGCCAAAGACUGCAAUCCCUCAACGAAAUCCUUAAUUACAUCAACAGCAGCACAGUCAUCGUCGUUGCAACUUCUGCAGCGACACCUCCAGCCACCAAUUGCAUGUUCCAAGCUGAGGAGUUGCAAGAAUUUUCUGAUGGGUUCUUGAACAAUCCAUGGAAUUUAAUGUGCAUUAAUCAACAGCCAAUCAUGGCCUCAACUGAUAUGUUUGAUUAUUAA